AUGGAAAUGAAGAUGGACAGUCAUCUGAAAUUGCUACAACAAGGAAUGUCAAAAGCGGAGAGGGCUGAAGAAAAAGGAGAACCGAGCAACAAGCGAAAGCGAGGAAUUGAGAAGGAUGAUUGUGGAGAAUGGCCGGUGAUUAUUGUUGAGUCAGACAGCGACGAAGAUAAAAAGAAAAGUAAGAAAGAUGGUGAGGCAAAAGAUCAUGGAGUGGAAAGCAAGGAAAAAGUUGAGAUCAAGGAAGAUGCUGAGAAGAAAGCAGGAGAUGCAAAAGAGGGAAGUGAAGAAUCCGAAGAAGACGAAGAUGAAUCUGAAGAAGAUGAGGAGAGUGAUAAAGAGGGGGAAAGUGAUGCGGUUUCUGAUUCUGAGACUGAGAGGAUGGAAAAAUUAGUUGCAGACCCAGAGGAUGAGGACACUGAAUCUAGGAGCAAUGAUGAUGGUGAUAUCGGUUCGGGCUCUGAUUCUGGGAACUGUGUGGAAGGAAAUCGCGAAACAAGUGAAGACUCUUCUAUGUUUCGUAUGAAAAUUCCUGAUUAA